GCCACCGCUCCCCCAUCAUGACCGGCGAACUUCUCACACAACGAAAGAUCGCCGUCCUCGGCUCUCGCUCAGUCGGCAAGUCUUCUCUCGUCAUCCAGUUCAUUGAGAACCACUUCGUCGAGUCCUACUACCCCACCAUCGAGGGUGUCUUCACCAAGACCAUCAACUACAAGGGGGUCGACUACAACUGUGACAUCAUCGACACUGCCGGUCAGGACGAGUACACGAUCCUCAACUCCAAACAUGCCAUCGGCAUCCACGGCUAUGUCCUCGUGUACUCUGUAACAAAUCACAAGUCGUUCGACAUGAUCCAAGUCGUCUACGACAAGAUCAUCAACUUCUGUGGCAAGAACUCUAUCCCAUGUGUAAUCGUAGGAUCCAAAAUCGACUUGCAGAACAACAGACAGGUGCAGAAGAAAGAGGGCGAGAAACUCGCCGAGGAUCUUGCCGCUGCGCAUAUAGAAACCAGUGCGAAGGAGAAUAUCAACGUCGCCAAGGUGUUUGAGCUUUGCCUCGCCGAAAUCGAGAAACGGCAGCCAAAUAACAAGGCGGAGCCCGAAACUAGCAGAUGCCACAUCAUGUGAAGCACCUCGCUCUCGAAACCGCCAUCCUCGGACUCGCAUCCUCAUAGAGCGCAUCUCUUGCAUACACUCUCAUAAUGGUCCGUAUCUCGGGUUUCACCUUACUACCGUUGCAUCCCCCGUCCUUCCCACAUAUGGCGGACUGUCCCCUUUCGACCAUCCAUUCCUUCCCUACCGCUUCACAUUUCGCCCGCCAAGCUAGGCUCCGCUUCUUGCGCCUUCCGUUCGCCCGGUGCCGCGCUCUAAGUUCCGUCCCCUCACGACUAAGGCUGACACAUCGCUAUCUUGGGCAGCAGUAUUCCUUCUUGUAUAUCCGGACUCUGAUUGACAUUUUCCCGUCUCCCAUCGGCCUCGUUCGGGCCUCGCUCUCGCCCCUGCUCUCGCCUCCCCCUCCGCCACCCCUUUCCCAUCGCGUCCCAACCCUCAAUCAUGGUCCCCAUCCCCAUCGGUCGUCAGCUCCUCUGUUAGUAUGUGCAGUUUGUAUGAUCCCGUGUCGCUGUUGUCUGUCUACUCUAGGCCCCUUCCCGGGGAUGCAUCGCAUAUACGCUAUGUACAGCUCUUCCCUGCGGUUCGUAAUUCCC